AUGAUAAUAGAUAAUUCACCUGAUGAAAAACUUCAUCAUAUAAUUGAUGGUGUUUAUAUUGGUUCACAAGAUUCAGCGUUUAAUAUAGCAGCUCUCAACGAGUGCAAAAUUACACAUAUACUUAAUGUAGCUACUGGAAUCAAGAAUGCAUUUCCUGACCAAUUCAAAUAUUUAAAUAUUGAAUUAUUAGAUGUACCUGAAACAAAUAUUCACAAAGUGUUUACACGUACAAACGAAUUCAUACAACAAGCAGUUACUAAUAAUGGACGUGUUUUAAUUCAUUGUAAUGCUGGUAUAUCGCGUAGUGCUAGUAUAGCAUUAGCUUAUUUACUGGGAAUACAUCGCAUGAAAUAUGAAGAUGCAUAUCAAUUAUUAAAAACAACACGUUCGAAUAUUAAACCAAAUGACGGAUUUGUACAACAAUUGAAACAGUAUGCUGAAGAAAUAGCGCAAUCCAAUGAAAAUAAUGCACCGUUGUCAGAUGAUAUUAAACAGGUUCCUAAUGAAUGA